CUCAGGUCUGCAGCCGCAUCCUACGUUUGGAUGCUCAGUCAGGUCUGGAUCCGCAUCCCAUUGUUGAGAUGCUUGCUCAGGUCUGCAGACGCAUCCUGUGUUUGGAUGUUCAGUCAGGUCUGGAUCCUCAUCCCGUGUUUGGAUGCUCGCUCAGCUCUGGAUCCACAUCCCAUGUUCAGAUGCUCAGUCAUGUCUGGAUCCGCAUCCUGUGUUCGGAUGCUCACUCAGCCCCCAGGUGCUGCAGGCUCUGCAAAAACACAUGCUAGAUUUGCUUGGUAGCUGAGUCUGAAUGAGACGAGGGAAGAUUUAAGGGCUGGGUGACUAGAAAAUGCAGCUGAAGUGCAAGAAAGUGCUAAGCUAUUUCAGUCUGAGCAUCUCUGUAUGGGACGUGUCAAUAGUUUUGCGAUUGUACUUGCGGUCUGUGUUUAUAAACAUCUUGGAUGCCCUUGUGAUCAUUUAGCAAAACAGUGCUUAUAUUUACAGCUGGCUUGGGAGGCCGAAUUCUGUGGUUAGUUGUGUUGGCAGCAACGUUUGGAUGACCUGUGUUGCGUAAUAUUGUAGUAGAUGAAGAGAUCACACACACGCACCUGUUUUUUCGCUGUUGGAUUAUUAGCCUUAGUUUCUCUUGUAACUUUUUUGAGCUUUUAUUUUUUUUCCUGUGAGCUGUAAAGCUGAUUUUAUCGAGUUCUCUGUGGGUAUUGUCAAAAGUAGUACAGGUGCUAAGAAGCAGUCAGAAAAACUGCAGCAAUGGCUUUUUGCCUUCGCUGUUAUAUGGCUGUUAUGUUAUCAUUCCAAAGUCCAGAGCGCUUCAUUUGAGACAAACAAAUGGAAUAAGAAACUGCUGGUGUCAUAUGUGGAGCGGCGGCUGUCAGAAUCUGCUGUAGCUGUUUAAGAAAUACUCGAAGCUUCUGACCAAAAGCCAUCAGGGGAGAAAAAAGAUGGAAUAGAAGACGUGAAGAAGCAUGAGACGUUUCUUUUUGUGCAAGACGUUAUUUGGAGGACCAAGGAGACGUUUUCAGGCCAUGGGAGAUGAAAGACCAAUCACAUGAUGGUUUUGUUUCUUUGAAGUGCUGUUCUGUGCCAAGUCAAUGCUGGUUUGUAUUAAGGACCAAUCUUAAUCUCCGAAUGUCAGCAUGUCGACUGUGACAAGCGCUCAGGCACCGGAGGAGCCCGAUCCUCCCACCCUGGAAGAGAAGCCGAAGGAAAAAUCACUAUUUCAUUUCAGUUCACUCUUUGCUAACAGGAGCGAAAAAUUUGUGAUAGCAAGGAGUGACAGUGUGCCGGAGGAGAACGUUCUGAAGAUAACCAUCACGGAGACAACGGUCAUCGAGUCGGACCUGGGCAUCUGGAAUUCAUAUGCUCUCAUCUACCUCACUUUGUGGUUUUUCUUCAGCUUUUGCACUCUUUUUCUUAACAAAUACAUCCUUUCUUUACUGGAGGGAGAGCCCAGCAUGCUCGGUGCUGUUCAAAUGCUUUCAACCACCUUCAUCGGCUGUAUAAAAAUGUUUGUUCCGUGCUGCUUGUAUCAACACAAAACACGCAUCUCGUAUCCACCCAAUUUCAUCAUGAUAAUGCUGUUUGUUGGAUUGAUGAGAUUUGCGACGGUAGUCUUGGGUCUUGUCAGCUUGAAAAACGUGGCAGUUUCAUUUGCAGAAACUGUUAAAAGCUCCGCACCUAUUUUCACUGUUAUCAUGUCUCGGAUGAUCUUAGGGGAAUAUACGGGGUUGUUGGUUAAUCUCUCCCUCAUCCCCGUUAUGGGGGGACUAGCGCUGUGUACAGCUACUGAAAUCAGCUUCAACAUUCUAGGGUUCUCGGCAGCUUUAUCUACUAACAUCAUGGACUGUUUGCAAAAUGUCUUUUCCAAAAAACUACUCAGUGGAGAUAAAUACAGAUUUUCAGCCCCAGAGCUUCAGUUCUACACGAGCGCUGCUGCAGUGGUGAUGCUGAUUCCAGCUUGGAUAUUUUUCAUGGAUGUGCCCGUGAUUGGGAAAAGCGGGAGGAGCUUCAGCUACAACCAGGAUGUUGUUGUACUUCUCUUAAUAGAUGGAGUCUUGUUCCACCUACAGAGUGUUACAGCCUAUGCCUUGAUGGGAAAAAUUUCCCCUGUGACUUUCAGUGUUGCUAGUACUGUGAAGCACGCGCUGUCCAUCUGGCUCAGUAUUAUCGUGUUCGGUAACAAAAUCACGAGCCUCUCGGCCAUCGGGACCGUUCUGGUGACGAUCGGAGUUCUGCUGUACAACAAGGCGAAGCAGCAUCAGCAAGAGACUAUUCAGAGCCUGGCAGCUGCGGCCCCGCAGUCUGCACAGGGUACAACUGAAGAUACCGAGCCACUAAUUGCCAAGGAUUUGGAACCGUAUGAUUAAUACGGCUGUGUAUUCUUCCAACCCCGUGGAACUCAAAGGAACUCUUCCCGAAAGUGGUUCUUUUGCAACUGUUGAUGCUGCUUUGGGUCCUUUGAGCUCAUGGCAGGUUGAGCCUGGGACGCGAAGCAGAGAGGAGACGAUGGGAAGAAUCCAGUGAGCCUGGGAAAACCAAUAUAGCAGAGGACCAAGUGUCAUACAACGUGGUAAACGUUGGCGUUAUUGUCUUGUCUUGACUGCAAAUAACACACAAGCCUAAACUGGAGAAAGAACUUCAGUGUCUUGUGGGAAAACGAUUCCUUUCUCCCUACCCAUGGAAAUAAUGUGAAAAAGCGGCCACGUCGCUGUGUUGUGUGUGCCCGCAGUGGAAUGAAAUUGGUGCAAAACCCAAAUUCCUGGUGGUUCGUUACUCGGCGUUGCCUCCAUCCUCCAUCCUGUGUGUGUGUUGUCGAGCUGGGAGAAGGAAAACCCCGACAAACGACUUAUUUUGGAUGCAUUUAGUUGAAGUAAAGUAUGGAAACGAGCCCGUGCCCCGAAGCAGCGCUGAGCAGCUCUUUCCGACUACAAAGCCAGGAAUGAAAAGUGAUUUUUCUAAUAAAAUUUAACAUGGAAAUAUUACGUCCUGGUUGCGUAUUGACGAGACUGAAAUGCAAGUAUACACACAUAUACAUACACUGUAUAAAUGGAGUGCUGAAUUAAAUAUUUGCAGUUGCUUAGAGGUAAAAAGCACUGAAAAACGUUGGUGAUAAAGGCGGCAGGAUCUCUGCAUUUCUAUAGGAAAGCAUUUUCAUUUCUUGCAUUUUAUUAUAUAUUUUUGUUAUGAGGAAAUACAUUUUUUUGGUAUUAUUUCUAAGAGUGCAACAAACGCUGCCUUUUAAAAACUCAGGGUUAUCAUUCUGACCUAUGUACAAGUCUCUCUAUCAUUUCUGAUAUGUAAAGAAUCUUGGAGGUACCUGUGACACAGAUGGGAGAGAGGUCACUAAAGGGAGGAAUAUUAACCGUAAACAGAGGCUAAUCUUUAUUUCUACUGCCUUUAAGAAGUUGUUUUGGUUUUUUAAAAGUCUGUUUUGUGGUAGAUCAAAGAUUAAAAGUAUUAGUAAUUAGUGUUGGCAAAAAACCACGUGUAGCUACAAAAACAUUCCAACGGACUUAUUGGUAACAAAUUAACAGUUAAAAUAAGCUGAGUUUUAAUAAUUGCCGCUAUUUGGAAAGGUUGUAGCAUGGCAUUAGAAGCAUGGAUAAAGUGGUCUUUGUGGUGCAGAUAAUUUGGGAUGGAAGUUACCUGUGGAAUUCCUGUAAAACUGAAGCUCGUGCGUACGCUUCCCCAGGCGAGGUGUCGCCUUGGCUCUGCUGAGCUGCUCCUGCUCCGAGCAAAAGGGUUUGAUCUGAGACCAUCUUGGCAACACCUGUUGAAAUACCGCGUGCAUGUUUUGUCUUGCGCUGGCUACAGGUUUCAUUCCUGUACGCGACCGGUUGUCUGGGGCCUAUUCACUGAAAAUGUCAAUUUUUUCAUCAUUGUAUAUAUGAUGUCUGGGGUUAUUUUGUUUCUUCGUACUCCUGUCACUUUUACAAAAGCUGUGGACUAUGUGGAGCUCUGUGGAUUUUCGGUUUGGUUUUGUUUUUGGUAUUUUGGGAGUUAUGCUUUCGAAAAUCUCGCUGUGUCUGGCACGGAAAAGUCCGGUUUGCAUCAUAUUUUUCUACUCUUGUUGGAGGACAGAAAUACAGAGGCUUUCUGGUCGCCUCGCUCCGUUCCCGUGUAGACUGAGCUUCAUUUGAAAAGCCAGCAGGCUCUUUAUCUUUCACAUUUGUGAACCAAACACCUGCGAGUGUUUUGGACCUUGUAAUUCCUAACACACGUGGAAAUUCAUCAGUGGCUGGUUCACCCCACCUGUGUGUGGUAGCACAAUAAUCCCAUUUUACCAGGGGUUUGCUUUCAGUGUUGAGCUGACGUACUUUUCUAUGUGACCGUUAUUUUUAUGGGAUUAAACAACCCCCCUCUUCACUGUCGUUUGUAAGACCUUUUCUUCCUCCCGUCCGCUGUUUCUCUGCCCUCGCUCCUCUUGGGUAAAAGGGACCAUUUUGUUCAUGUUGAGGAUUCAUCGGUGGCUUUGUGUGAUUCCUUCUGGAAAGUUCUCACUGAAAUGCCUUAAAAUGUGGAUUUUUAGUGUCACAAGACUUGCGAAAGCGUCACCUGCUGCAGUUACUGCCUAAAACAACAGGCUUUCCAGCUCAAUCCAUGGAUGGCUGAUAAAAUCUUCUUUCCUCUCAUGUACUGCGGCGUAACCUCAUUUUCCUGUCAGGAAUUGCCCUUUUCACAGGGCGGGAAUUUAUACGGAUUCUCCUUCAUAGUGUGUUCGUCCUCUUGCUUGUUUAAAUGUGAGAAAAACAAUUCACUCGAAUAAUAAACUUUGUUUGUAUAUGUAAUUAAGAAUCACGCACGUGACAGUUUCUUUUUUCGCUGCGGGUUGUUUUAUUGUUGAACACGCCGAGCGCGGCUGUUAAUUAGUUAAUUACCCUCCCAUCAUGUAACAUAAUUUAACAAUUAAAAGAUUUUGGUCCGGC